AUGAAUGGCCAAUUGACACAGCUUAGACCACCUACAAACUACGAGCUCUUCGCGGAAGCGUAUCCAGUGUACAAGGUUAACAAGAAAAGGAAACGAAACAGGGAACUCUGGACCAAGCUGCACAAGUUCGUUGAGCUCUUUGAAUAUCUUCCUGGAUUCGUGGAUCUCUGGCUUGAAUAUAUGGAGUGUUUGCGCUACGACAGCAUAACAUUAGACUACAUGCGAAUGAACCGAGAACUUGACGGGAAGCUCACUGAGCUCGAGUGGAUCGUAGUAGGAUCGGAGGCGAAGUUGGCCAUGUUCAGCCGCGAAGGGGUCUUACAGGUUCAGUACCAGAUCAAGGAAUACCACAAGUUCAUAGACAGUGAGUUUAGACCUAGGGUCACGAUGAACACCGCGCAUUUGGAUGAAGGCGCGGAGGCACCAUCGGUAGUGAGGGCUCUACAAAAGCUUGAGCUAUUGGAUCUGGUCAAUAGUGUCGUGUUUUACCAAGACGAGGACUCGGCCAGCGAAGAAACAAUUUUGCAAAUGGUCGCAAACUUAGAGGCGCUGCGCGGGCUAGAAAGUGUGAGGGUUGUGGGCCAGAUGUUGUUUGAGAGGGUGGUAAACUUUCAUGGUGUACGAGACCACCCAGGGCGUACGAUUGGCUAUGUGGUCAGGAAGCGCGUUUCGCAAUUGUUGGUUGAGCGCUGUGCAAGCAUAGGAGGGAAGCGUAACAUUGCAGACUUCACGCGGUGGGAUCACGUAUCGAGGAUAAAACUAAGUAAGGUGCGUGAGCUGGACCUCACGCGCACGAUGCUGCCACUGGGCUGCCGAUGGCUGCGGCUGGAAAACAUUGAUAAACUAAAAUGGUGGGAACAGCGAACAGUGGAAGCUGAGCUGCCAGAAUCGUGUUUGGUUUGCUCAAAUCCGCCGCGGGCCGGAGAGCCCGCGGUGUGGCAAGUGGACCGAGCGGCUAUGGGCGAGGAAGUGCUACUAAGAUGCCAAGCGUUACUAUGGGAAAUCUAUGGGCGGCUGAGCUGCUUGCAGCUAAUCAAUGUGCGCGAGAUCGAUAGAGCGCCAGUUGUGCCGCGAGCGUGGCGCGGGGCGCGCUUCUAUUGCUGGAGGUCGAUGGUUUCCCGGAUCACGUUUGUGUAG